AUGGCAUUCAUAUUUCACAAACCCGUGGCUCAAGAAAUUACUCGUGAAGAGAUACUUUCUGUUUUCUGCACUCCUGAAUGUAGAGAAAGGGUUGAGCGAAAAGACGUCAUCAAACUCAAAGAUGAUGUAAGUGUAAAAACAACCCAACUCUUAUAUGUUCUGGAAAAAUUAUGCACUGUGACUAAAGAACUGGAAGAUAUCAGAGAUAGAUAUCAAAUAAAUGAACUCAAUAUUAAGAAAUUUGAUUCUUCUAGCAAACUGGUUAAAAAAUUGUGUGAUCAACAGCUUGCAUAUAAGAAAAGGAAAGGGUGUGGAUUGGGUUACAAUCAGGCUCCUCCUCCUUACAAUGAUAAUUACACAUAUUUACCUAUGACUGAGGAGGAGCUAAUGAAUGAAAGCAAAAUGACUUAUGGUUCGAAAAACAAUAAUUCAUCAAUCAACUGCAGACCUGUUGAUAAAGGAGCGACUCCUUCGGUAAAUUUUGUUUCAAAGGGUACUUUUGAUCCUAACGCUUUGUCUUCAUAUGCAGAUAAAAUAUCUGAAGUAAAGUGUGGAGAUGUUCUUGGGAGUGAACCAGUUGUCCAUUCUAGUUUUUUUGAAAAUUAUUUUGAACAAACUAAAUCUGAUAUUGCUUUUGGUAGAACUUUGUUUGAGUCAUUUUGUGCUUAUGUGUCGUCUGGUGAGCCUGAUGCUUGGGGCAAAACUGAAUCUGAUGAUUGUGAUUCAGUUAAUGCGUGUGAUUGUAAUGUUUCUAAUGUUUCAGUUGAUGACAGUGUUACAGGUGAGGUCCCUCAUGACACAUUCAGUGAAACUACUGAAACUUCUUCUCAAGAAAAUCAGGAUGGGACCCCAUUGGAAACUGUAGAUGAAAGCAAAGCUAAAUCGGAUUCACAUGAUACAUGUGUUAACGAAACAUGUGUUGAUGAAAUUUCAACUUGUUCUAAAAUUGAAACUGAAUCUGAAUCUAUUAAAGAAGAAAAAGGAGUUGAAAUAAAUGAACAGUCACCGAAAAAUGUUUCUGAAAAUAAAGAUAAAACUGAAACACCGGUUUUUCAAAAUGAUCAUGAUAAAAGUGAGAAGGAUGAAUCUCAUCAUCAGUCUACAUCUCAUGCUUGUGCUAGUUCUGAUCAACAGAUGCCUCCUAGACGCGAUCAAACAGAGAAUGCUGCUCUCGCAGCCACAAUCAUUCAGCAGAUGACUGCUGUGAUUCCGAACCUCAUUACUCAGAUAAACCAAGCAAAUAACAAUAACAAUAAUAACAAUGCUCAAUGUGACUUCAAAACGUUCAAUUCAGCUAAACCAUCGAAAUUUUCUAGGUCUCAAGGAGCAACUGCGCUCCUACAAUGGUUUGAAAGUAUAGAAAGCACAUUCCACCAUGUUCAGUGUGCCAAUGAGCGCAAGGUGGAUUUCGCCUCGAGUGUCUUUCAAAGGAGAGCACUCACUUGGUGGAACGGUAUUAUGAGAGAUUGA